CCGGGGCGGGCGCGUAGAGCUGGCGAAGUGCUUUGGCGGAGGCAGCGCGGAGGAAGGAGGUCGGUUCGGCGGCACGGGCAGAAACCUGAGUCCGGGUGGGACGACCGACUGAGGGAGGCGGCAUGUCGGUGGCAGGGCUAAAGAAGCAGUUCUACAAGGCGAGCCAGCUGGUCAGCGAGAAGGUUGGCGGGGCUGAGGGCACAAAGCUGGACGAUGACUUCAAAGAGAUGGAAAAGAAGGUGGAUGUCACCAGCAAGGCCGUGGCAGAGGUGCUGGUCAGAACCAUCGAGUACCUGCAGCCCAACCCAGCCUCACGGGCUAAGCUGACAAUGCUGAACACUGUAUCGAAGAUCCGGGGCCAAGUGAAGAACCCUGGCUACCCGCAGUCAGAGGGGCUGCUGGGCGAGUGCAUGGUCCGCCACGGCAAGGAACUGGGCGGAGAGUCCAAUUUUGGCGAUGCCCUGCUGGAUGCAGGCGAGUCCAUGAAGCGCCUGGCUGAGGUGAAGGACUCACUGGACAUCGAAGUCAAACAGAAUUUCAUCGACCCGCUGCAGAAUCUGUGUGACAAGGACCUGAAGGAGAUCCAGCACCACCUGAAGAAACUGGAGGGCCGCCGCCUGGACUUUGACUACAAGAAGAAACGACAGGGCAAGAUCCCUGAUGAGGAGCUGCGGCAGGCCCUGGAGAAGUUUGAGGAGUCCAAGGAGGUGGCAGAGACCAGCAUGCAAAACCUCCUGGAGACUGAUAUUGAGCAGGUGAGUCAGCUCUCAGCCCUGGUGGAUGCCCAGCUGGACUACCAUCGGCAGGCAGUGCAGAUCCUGGAGGAGCUGGCAGACAAGCUGAAGCGUAGAGUGCAGGAAGCCUCCUCACGCCCCAGGCGGGAGUUCAAACCCCGGCCUUGGGAGCCCUUCAACCUUGGAGAGCCAGAACAGCCCAAUGGGGGAUUCCCCUCCGCCCCAGCACCCAAGAUCACAGCUUCUUCGUCAUUCAGAUCAGCAGACAAGCCCGCCAGGACACCCAGCAGGAGUAUGCCACCCCUGGACCAGCCAAGCUGCAAGGCACUGUAUGACUUUGAGCCUGAGAAUGACGGUGAGCUGGGCUUCCGCGAGGGUGACCUCAUCACACUCACCAACCAGAUCGAUGAGAACUGGUACGAGGGGAUGCUGCACGGCCAGUCGGGCUUCUUCCCGCUCAGCUAUGUGCAGGUGCUGGUGCCCCUGCCUCAGUGACCAUGCCUGCACUCUGACUCCCUGCACAUUGUGGCAGCAGCCUAACGCCAAGGUGCUCUAGAAACACUAACGUUCCUCCAGGGGGACCCUCCUCCUCACUCUCCCAACCCUGGGCCCCCAUUCCUAAGACUUGGGAAGGUCCACCCUGAGGUCCUAUUGCCUUCCUGAUGGUGGCAGCUCCCACCUGUUUCAAACCCUCCCAGCCCG